AUGUCAGUCACGAAACCUCUCUCAAGCCUUACUCCCCUCGAACUCAAGGGCGGCAGAACGCCGCCGUCUUUGGUCGUCGCAAAACCGACUAUAACAGUCCGCCAAGCCUUGAAGACAAUGGCGACUCACAACAUAACCUCACUUCCGAUACAGUCUCACGAUUCUGACGCAAUAGUGAAUAUCGUGAACCUGAUUGACAUUCUUUCUUAUAUCAUCAAAGAGGCAGUGGCGGACGAGAAACAUCCAAGUAAAUUGGAUAGUGAACGAGUAAAGAGCUUGGAUAAUGUAGUUGAAUCUGUAAUGACGUUGGAUACCGAGAAAGAGAGUUAUAGGAUAUUCAAAACGGAUGCUAGAGACGUGCUGAGAGGAACCAUAAAAGCCUUUACUCAAGGAAUCCACCGUUCACUGGUAAUCGAUUACACGAACGAAAUCCCACCAUAUAUCUUAACCCAAACCGACGUCAUACGUUACGUCUAUGCACACCCAGAGUCUCUUCCUGGUAUCGAUCUUGAUAAGACAGUCAGAGAUUUCGGAUUAGUCAGAGAGGGACGUGAAGUGGUUGUUGGAAAAUCGGAAGAGACAGCUUUAAAUGUUUACAGGCGAAUGGAAGAAAAGGGAUUGAUGGGCAUUGCAAUCACUGAUAGCAAUGACAAGCUUAUCGCAAAUCUUUCGGCUGCUGACCUACAUGGCUUAACGUAUAGUUCAAUAGACUGUCUUAUUCUACCAGUUUGUGAAUUUCUUCAGACUUUGCCAAACCCGGGCAGUGCACUAACACCAUUCACUGCUAGCCCCGAUACCCCGCUCCGUAGCGUCCUCCAAACUAUUGUUGAGCAGCAUAUUCAUCGUGUGUGGAUCGUUGAGAGUGAGAGAGUCAUCGAUGUCGUUACAUUGUCGGAUUUGAUUAGAAUAUUUGUGGACGUUUAA